CACGUUAUGAAUAAAUUUGCUUCGUAUACACUUAAUCUCGAUUGUAUUACACGGAAAACGGACAUCUAUAUGAAGGCUAUAUAGCCUUCAUACACCAUACCUGAAACUCUUUGCGCUCCGAGGUGUGCAAGAGAUUUAAAAUAGUUUUCAUUCAUCAGACAGUUGGCGGUGGUCGUGAUUUGAACAGCUGAUAAUAUAUCUACGGAAAAUGUCUGAUAAAAAUAAAUCGAAUAAACAAUCCGCAGAUCCUGAAUUGGAUGAUCUUUUAAGUAAUGCCCUCGGAGACUUUGACCGAUUAUCCGUAACAAAUGAACAAAAACAAGACCAAACAGCGAGUUCGACAUCAAAAGAGGUACCAAAAGACCUGGAAAAAUCUCCAGAACCACUGAUUGAUGAAAUGUGGUCACAAGAAUUUAUUAAUCAAACGGCUUCACAGUUUCAAAAAAAUUUGCAAAAAAUUAUCCAAAAUGGGAGUGAUGGCGAUUUCAAUGCGUCACUGGCGAAAAUGGCGCAGACAGUAGCAGAAUCCAUGGCUUCAACUUCCGGAGCUGAUGGCGAGUCUGCUGCUGAUAUCGGUGAUAGCUUGGAUUUCCAAGCGGCUAUUGCUCAAGCUUUCAAAGACAUACCACACCCUACCGAAGAGAUGAAGGCUUCUGGAUCUGGUUUCAACGAGACCGAGCUAUUAUCGAUGUUCGGACAGCCAUCAGACGAAUCUGGUGGGGAUAUAUUUCCUUUUAUGCAAGGGAUGAUGCAGUCUUUAUUGUCUAAAGAAGUAUUGUAUCCACCAUUGAAAGAUUUAGUCGAUAAAUAUCCCGAUUGGCUAGAUGAAAAAAAAAGUAGUCUUGCCGCAGCCGAUUUCGAAAGAUAUACGAGGCAAUUUCUUCUCAUGCAAAAAGUAUGCAAGGAAUUAGAGACUGAGAAAAGCGAUGAUGCUGACGAAGUCAAAAAAUCACGUUUUGACAAAGUCCUGGAUCUUAUGCAUGAAAUGCAGACAUGCGGGCAACCACCAGACGAUUUAAUUGGUGAGCAAACGGGUCUAUUUCAAUUGAAUGAUAUGGGUAAUCCUGUAUUGCCACCGGGUGUUGAUCCCUCAAACUGUUGUAUAAUGUAAUUAAUUUCUUUUACGAUAUUAACAUUUAAAAUGUGCAAGUGAUAUUUUAUCUGACAUCAACUGUACAUAAAUGAAAUUAAGUUAUUUAUAUAUAUAUAAUAAAUCUAUACAAUUCGUAUUAAGCAGAAAAA